AAUGGCCUAUGGACUUGACUCAAGAUCAAACUAAUAUAAAUUUGCCAAACGUUUACAAUAAUCCAUCCGUAAAAUGGUCUGCAGGCCUUAGUCAAGAUCAAACUAAUAACAAUCUACCUAUAGAAUGGCCUACAAAUAAUAAUCCGUUUAUGGAAUGGAAUGCAGAUUUUACUCAAUAUCAAGUUAAUACAAGUUUAUUAAAUAUUCAUAAUAAUACAAGUUUAUUAACGUUAAAUAUUCAUAAUAAUACGGUUAAAGAAUCGUCCACAGAUGUUAUUCAAAAUGAUGAGAAUCAAACUAAUCAUAAUUUGUCUAUGAAAUGGACAGCAUGCUCUAUUCAAGAUCAAACUAAUGCAAGUUUGCUAAACAUUUAUAGUACAGGAAUUAAUCAAUAUUUUGAACAAAUUAAUACUUUGCCACAAUAUAAUGCAUAA